AUGAAUGAAGAGAGUAGCCAGAUAGAAGAGUGCUUGAUUUGCCUUGAAUCAAUAUUACCAACCAAUAAAGUUGGUAAAAUCCCGUGUUGUCCAAGUAAAAGAUAUCAUGAUCAAUGUGUAUUACAAUGGUCAAGAACUAGUAAUAGUUGUCCAACGUGUCGGAAUAGAUUUCAUAAGAUUGAAAUAACUGAUAAUCAAAACAUUUUGGAAACUGUUUCUAUCCAAGAUCGUUUAUUGCCGAAUCCUGCAAUAAAUGAUAUUCCCCUGCAAUUUAUUAUUCGCGAACAACCACCAACAAAUCCUGUGGUUGAAGAUGAUUUAAAUGAUGAAUCCUGCUAUAUGUGUAGCAAUUUUACAUCAAGAAAUGGGAUUAGCUGUCAACAAUGUGGAUGCCAUUUUCAUUUAAAUUGUCUAGGAGUUGAAACUAUAGAUGAGUCUAUUUGUUGGUGUUGUCCGAUAUGUGAUUAUAACCAAGAAUCUAACGUCCCACAAAGAGCUCGAAGAAGAAGGAUGCAAAAUAAUUUUCCUUUAAAUGUUGAUUACACUGAUAAUAGUUCGAGAAUGAAAAGAAGAGGACAAGAACAGAGAAAUCGUUUGGUUAUUCAUAAUGAUAAUGAUGAAUUAGAUGUCGAUUUCUUAUAUGAAGAUGACGAUGUAUUACUAGAGGAAAUGAAUUAUUCGCAACAGCAUUUUUUACCUUAUCAUAGCCCGGUCAUAAAUGGUGGUGUUAUUUCACGUAGAGAACAAAAACAAAGAGCAAAGUUGACGCAGGAAGAAGUUCAAUCAUGGGAAAUGUUUGAUGUUGCUAGAAAAGAUAAUGAAGAAUAUGCACUGGUGGAUGCAGAAGGUGGAAGUAAUUUUACACAUCCGGAGAAACGUGGCGAAACGGGAGAUGAAAAUGAGAGUGACAAGAAUAAAAGAAGGAGAAAGAGAAAGAAAGUUACUCCAAUUGAAGUAGGCUCAUCUUCAUCAACAUCAUCAUCCAAUCCUGUUAAUCAACCGGUUAAUCAUUCGACUAGUCGAAUAUCUCAAUUAAUUGAUCAAUUGAAAACUCCCGGAAGGAAACCGAUCACAUUAACCAAUCAUCAAACAAUAAUACAGCCUAAUAAUGCAUUUCCACUACCGUCAACUAAUAUCAUGCCAAGUGAUUCACCAAUGUCUAUAUCACCUGCUGCUAAUAGUCCGAUGGAACUGGUUUCGUAUUCAAGUGAUGAUAAUGAUUAUACAAGACAAGUUCAACUACAAAAACAACAGAACCCAAUGAUACAAUCAAGACAAUCAGUCAAGGAAUUAACAUUGGAUCAAAAGAUUGAAAUUCAGAAACAUAUAAGAAAUAAACUAAGACCAAGGUAUAAACCAGGACAAGUUAAAAAUGAAAACAACCCCGAUGUUAUAACAAGUGAGGAGAAUUAUAUUACAAUAAACAAGACAAUUUCUCGAAAGAUAUACAAUCAUAUUUUAAAUCAAUCUGAACCAAUUGAAGAAUUCUUCAAGAGUGAUGAUAUAAAAUUACGAGACAUAAUUGACAAGUAUAUAGAAUGA